ACAGUUGCUGACCAUUGUGCACCAUAUGCUUUGAGCACAAGUGAUCCAUGCUUUAGAGGAGUAUGUGACCAUGAACAUGACAGCCGAUGUGACAGCUGCUCAGAUAUGGCAGAUCUGUUUGAUAUGUUACUAACAAAAGUUAUUGCCAACACAUGGGAGAAUAGAGAUUCAGUGCUUUAUACAGUCCCUGUGACAGGAAGGCAUCUCACAUCAAGUCUUCAAUAAAAAGAUAUGUGAACGAAGGGAAUGAUGUUGUUACUGCACAACAAAUGAAGCAGGCAAUUGACCGGAACCAACAAGGGAAAUAUAAAGUGAAAGUUGUGAAUGCUGUGACCAACCUUGAUAGUGGAGCCAAUAUUGUAAAAAGUAACAUUCCAGAGAUUACUUCUUUGCACAACUUCAAGUUUACAGAAGAUGCUCUAGUUGUUUGGAAAGCAUAUAACAUUGGAGAGGGUAAAAGGAUUCUAUGGACAAAACUCAAAAGCAAUAGCAAUAAAGAACUCUCUGUUGUUUUAGACUGGAGAGAUGUUGCUCUUACUAGAUUCCAAGAAGAUGAGAAUGAAAGUACUGACAUGAAUACUCAGAUAAAGAAGAGGGCUAUUUUUAUGUGUCCAGUAGAAGGUUGUGUCAGGGAAUUCUCAAACUUAGACAACCAUUUACUGUUGGGAAAUUGUGAUUACAAACUUGAAAAACAAUGUUUGACCAAUCUUGCCAUCACAAUUUAUUCCAAAAAGAUCAAUGAUGGUUUUCCAUCAUCAACAUCAGGUCAGCAUGGUCAGAGAUCAGAGUGUGGAAAUAAUAUUUUAACAGAGGGUGAUUAUAUAAAUCCAAUGGGUUGGGCUUUAAAAGGCAAAAGGAAAAAGACAGUUUUCUCUACUGCACAAAAGCAGUACAUGAAAGAACAGUUUGACAUAGGAAAAAGAACAGGGAAGAAAGUUGACCCGUUUUUUGCAGCUGAAGAAAUGAGGAAGCUUAGUCAAUUUGACAAGAAAACCUUUCUUUCUGGUCAGCAAAUUGCUAGCUAUUUUUCAAGACUAGCUCAGCUGGAUAGAAAGGCAGAUCCGGGUGACAUACUUGCAGCCAAAGAAGAAGAUCAGAAAACAUUACUGAAAAAAGAGAUAAUGGACAAAUUGAACAAAUAAUGACAAAACAAUUCAUAAGGAUGUUUGCUCCUCUUAUUAUUGUAAUGACUACCAAAUGCAUUGUGUUCUCCAGUGAAUAUUUCCGUUUUAUGUUGCAUUGACUUUGUCGGCGAAUAUUUCCAUCUGUAACAAAAUAUUUUGUAAAUGUCUCCUCUGAUAUCUUUACAUGGAUUUUCUUUAUGUUUGGUUUUAUGAUAUAUGAAGUAUGUUUUACAGUCUGAUUUUUCAUAUAAUGCCUUGUGUGUUAACAUAGAAUGUUUCAUAAUGGUUAUGCAGUUCAUUAUUAUUCAAUUUAAAAUAUAUGUUUUGAUAUGAUUAUGGCAUUCAAGAACGAAAAAUUUACAGGAUAACUUUUAUGACCUUAUUUAAAACUUGGUGAUUGCGUAUACAACCAUAAACAGAAAGUUUAUCAUUCAUCAAAAUAAAGGCUUGCUGUUUAUGGUUAACUAUUGACAUUGACCCUCAAUAUUUUGUCAUAUAUUUGAUUCACAUGAAGGUUAAUAUAAGAAGAAAUUUCUAUGUUUAUUGUAAAUGUUUGAAAUUGAUGUCACCUCCAGCAUAGAGUUUACAUAUAUUGAUCAAUAAUUAGAGCCCACUCAAACUAGAAGUGAUCAUUCUGUUAAUCUUUCCUUCCAUCUUUAUCUGUAACAAUUCAUGUGGACCUUCAGUGUUUGGGUUUUCAUUUUAUGUAUGAAGUAAAACAUAAUAGCAUGAAUUGUUCAAUAGCUAUUUUUUGUUUUAUUUUUAAAUCUUGAGUAAUUCCAUAAAGUAUAUAUCUUUUUGAGACAUUUUCAUUACCAAAGCAUGAUGUAACUAAAUAUUACCGCAAGACUUUGACUAAUUAUCUUAAUUUAUGACCCAAAAAACAAAAUGGCUAAAAAAGAAGAUUUCACCUUGAAAUUAAGGUCAAAGGUCAAGGUCAUUCAAGGUUAUGAUAUUUAAUCACAUUAGUUAACUGGCAAUGCAGCAGCAUAUCUAAUAUCUAAGAUAUAUAUAUAAAAACAAGAUUUUUACUCUCUAAAAAAAAUCAAUAUUUAUGGAUUCUUGUAAUUAUCUCCCUUUGAAAAAGGCAAUUUUUGAAAAUGUCUGAAAAUUUUGUUUAGUCAGAUCCUGUUGACUUUUUUACAUUUUUGGAUAACAUAAACAACAUUUUCUCAUGAAGUAAUAGUAUUUUUGACACAAGCCCUCUGCUUUUCAUAUUUUUGAUAUGAACAAAAUACUGAAAAAUGGGUAUAAAAAUAUCCACGAGUACAUGCUUUUUGAAGUUGGAUAAAAAAAAAUGUUUUCAAUCAGGACUGAUAUAGGUACCAUUCAAUUUUGUUCAAUAAAUGUUAUUCUUU